UAACACAUUACGGAAGAAAUUAUCGUUCUUAGGAGCAUGUUUCUCAUGCGAAAAAACAUUAUGCAACAUUGUUAGUCUUAACAUGGACAUCAUUGAGACAAACAGAAAUGCAGAUUUCGAAUGGGCAACUCGUUUAAAUCGUCUUCUACUAAACAUUAUUGGAAUUUGGCCGAAUGCUCACAGAAAUGCCUAUGACAAAUUCUUUUCAAAUUUACGCGCGGCGUUCACUUUUAUCGUUAUCUUUUUCAUUGGUACAAUUCCUGCAAUACAUUCACUAGUGAGAACUUGGGGUGAUCUGAUGUCAAUGAUAGACAAUCUACAAAUUACUCUUCCAUUAACGAUGGCCGCAAUAAAACUCAUCGACAUAUGGUGGAAGAAAACAGAUCUUCUAAUGGCCAUAAAUAUGAUUGCUGAAGACUGGAUAAAGGACAAAACCAGUAAAGAACGGUGCAUUAUGAUAAAGCAAGCACGAAACGUCAGAAUUAUCACAAUAGUCUGUUGUUUCUUCAUGUUCUUAGCCAGCUCCUUAGUCGUAAUUUUACCUUGUUUUGGAAUGACUGUAAGAUAUAUUACAAAUGUCACGGAUCCAUUUAAAAUUUUACCUUUACAAACUCAUUAUAUCUAUGAUAAAAAUCAAAGUCCGUAUUUCGAGAUUACAUUCGUCGCUCAAUUUCUCGUUGCCUUGAUGUGUGUGACAUCCUACACCGGUGUGGAUAACUUGCUCGGAUUAUUGAUAUUUCAUUUGUGCGGCCAGAUGGAUAUUCUUAAAGAAAAAUUAAUUAAUAUAAAACAAUUUAAGAAUUAUAACGAUGGUGUAGCCCUCAUCGUGAAGGAGCACAUACGGCUAAUCAAAUGUUUUUGUAUUAUCGAAAGUACGUAUACUUUACUGUUACUUGGACAACUAAUCUACUUUGGUAUAUUAUUCUGUUUAUAUGGAUUUUUAAUUCUUGUCAUACUUACAGAAGGAAAACAUAUGUCACUAAUGCGCUUUAUGUAUCUCGUGUCUGUAGCGAUAAAUAUUUGUGGACACAUGUGUCUUUUUUGCGCCGUGGGUGAAAUGUUAUUAUCAAAAUGCGAUGACUUAUACCGUGCAGCUUACGAGCACAAAUGGUACAAAUUAGAUCCAAAAAAGGCAAAGAUUUUGGUUCUAAUAAUGAUUCGAGCUAAUAAGCCUCUGUAUAUUACAGCUGGAAAAAUGUUUCCUAUGACAAUGUCGAUGUUUUGUAACUUGAUAAAAACAUCCGCUGGUUAUGUGUCAAUUUUAUUAGCAAUGCGAAGUUAAAAUUACAAAAAUCCAAAAUUAUGAACAAACAAUAAAAACUUAGUAAGAUUAAAAAUCUAAUAUAAUUGUGAUUAAAGAAUCACACGUUAAGCUAAACGGAAUUACUAAAUAUAAAAGCAAAUUUUAUAACAAAAAUACAGACUCGUUACGAAGUCAUUAUCGGUGUAAUAGUUGUUAUGAUAAUGAAUUAAAACGGAAAAGUAAUUUCACAAUUUACCUGUACUCAAUGUUUUUUGAUCUUUAUGUCCUGUAUCUUCUCAACUUCCUUUCCUGUAUCUCCUUAGCCCAGUUUUUGGUUUUUGACUUUUUUAAUGUCAACACGUCAUUACAGCUAAGAAAAAUUUAUUCCGUCAAAAGUUUUAAAUGAGUCUAUUAAUUUUUAAUGUCUAAUAGUUUUAGAAUUUUUUCUGUGUUUCUCUUUUACGUACCAUCAUAAAAACAUCUUUGAUUCAUUACCAUUAAACAAUAUUACAAUUUUUUUACAUAAAUUCAUUACAUGUAAUUAACACACAAUUUAAUAUCACGCCAAUUUCUGGAAAUCAGACAUGUGAAAAUUCUUGGUGAUAAACUCAUAAAAAACAUUGGCAAAUAAAAGUCGAUUAAAAUUACUCUUCACCUUCUAUUUCUCAUAAUAACGACUGUUACACUAAUGAUGACUUUUGUAUUAAGUCAAAACGUCUGUAUUUUUUUUGUAAUAGAAUUCAUUUUUUAUAAUCAGCAAUUCCAUCUAACUUACUCGUAUAUUAUUCUCUAACUAUUUUUAAAAAAACGUCAAUUUUCAUAUUUAUAGAUAUCUAAACGGAAAAGAGAUGUAAGAAGAAUAUAUCUGUAUCUUAAUUAUGUAUUUAACAUAAUAUUAUAAUAGAUGUACAGAAUUAAAA